GGAAAAAUGUCGAGAGAGAAAAGCCCGUCCUGCUUAUGUCUAUUUUAAUGUUGCGUGUGAGUGAUUAUCCACAAUGAAUAUGGAUAUGCUUUUUUUUCUCAGAUGAAAAUAGAGAAUGACCUCCUCGCUUGCUUGAAGCCUCCUUGUCACGAUUAUAGGUCGCUAAUUAUAGCAUACAAUUUCGCACGCAGACGAUAAGGAUGAUGGCGAAACCACCCGGGAAGCAGCACCUCGAUCUGCUGAUCGCUGGGCGAUCACGCUUCGUUCAUGCUCUGCAAUCGCCAGCGCUGCAGCAACGACCUAAGCAUCACGACUACCAUGCUUUGGCAAGGACGUUGCAGUCUUGCUUUUGUCCCUCCUCGUCAUCAUUGACACCGUCAACAUCAGCAGCUAGUGCCACCGCCAAAACAUCACGAAGACAUUACUCGAUAUCUUCCGCACAUGCACAGGCCAAGGAGGACGCCACGUUGGCAGUAGAGGACGACGACGGAUCUUCUAUGUUGAAAGACACAGGAGCAUUGGAAGACGAUGUGCUAGAUGACGGAGGCUCAGUAUUCGAACUAGAGAUGUUUGGGGAUACAACGAGUGGAGGAUCUUCUGGAGCUUUGCAGGCGGCUGAGUAUGGAGGCACCGACGGCGGAUCCUGCAGCUAUCUGGCUCGGGGUUCAGCGGGAAGCGAGAACUUGGGGAAUAGAUACAGAAAUGAAACUAGUGCGUUGAAGACGAAACUAGGAAGACUGCUUAGCUCGAUUCCAAAAACGGUAGGUCCAGCGAGAGCCUUCGAUGCCUACAGAAGAGUCGAGAAAGGUAUGGCUUACAAUUCAGGAACACGCGCUUCAGCUUUAACGGGUACUGUCUACAGGAACCAGGAGUCGACCACACGGACUAGAACCACUGAGGAGGACAACCUCAAUAUCAUUUGGCCAUCAAAAAACAAUCAAUAAAUAUGAAUAUUCAUCACCUUCCCCUUCCAAUCCUCUUUCAUCUCCCACGAAACGAAGAAUAUGACCUUCGCUCAAUUUGAGCAGGAGUAUAGAGAAAUCAUGUUCUGGGUCAAGGUGGAGAGGGGAAACAGAGUAUCAGCGAAUCUGAGGAAACGACUGAAGCCGCAUCUCUUGCGCAAUGGAGAUAGAAGCAAACAUAUCAUUAUGGAUGACAAAGAACUACUAACUUAUCCAAGAAAGACUUUGGGCCAAAGUCGUGGUAGUUGACACCAGUUGCAUGAUUAAGUAGGCUGAAGCAAAAAACUAUGAGCAAAAUAGUACUUCUUGUGCUACUUUCAAGGGGAAUCUCAGUCUUCUAAAAGCCACAGAACACUGGUAUAUAAGAGGGAGGAUGUGGCUUGCGGGAUCGUGACCGAGCCAGAAGAUCCGGAUGACGACAAGAAGUUAGCGGAGAAGAAAAAAAAACGGUUAUGCAUAAAGAAAAUUUUCUAUUGGACCACGCACUAGCUAGCACUAGUGCAGCCACUUAGAAGUCAGCACAGGUUCAACAACAACAACAACAACACCUCUGACUGUCUUCUAAGGAAAGUCGUAGACUCUCUCGUUUACGACCGCGUGUUGGCUACGCGAUACCAAUACGAUUUUCGGCAAGCUGAGCAGUCCUUUGGGAGUGAUAAUUUUCCUUUGGGACAUGGCAGCGGGUCCAUGGACCGUGUAGCGAACGCAGCUCUGCGUGACGCUUUCCUAGAGGAGAAGCGACCGACUCUAGUUAAGGCUUCCCCUAAUCGAUCCCUUGGAAGUAUAGGGAUGAUGCCUCAAACAUAAGUAUGCUUAUGCGCCCCAAUACCAGGGGCAGGGAGAUACUUUCGCAUAUGCUUGAGGGAUUUCCACAGGGAUGAAUAGGGGAGAGCUCUAAUCUAGCGAAUGAGUUGUCGGAUUUCAAAGUGCCGUAUAUGAUGCAGAGGACCAGCCACAAGAGGCUGCUGGAUUAGGGUGUCUUGGGCUUGUCCUGUAAUGAUGUUUGGGCUUGUAUCCCCAACUAUACAGCCAUUUUUCAUUGUAUACUAUACAUCCAUUUUUCAUUAGAAGUACUUCUUAUACGUUCUUGUAGAACUAGAACAAGCCUUAGAAAUUGAGAUUAUGAUCAAUUGCAAUCCGAAAGACUAGAACAAGCCUUAGAAAUUGAGAUAAUGAUCAAUUGCAAUCCGAAAGAACCUCUCCACCACACCUGCUCUUUAACCUCCACACGUGGCGCGCAACCCAAUAGAACGCAGAGCAAUUAAUCCUGUGCUAGACUCGAUGGAGGGCUUGGUGAAAGGCAGACUCGAUGGCGACCUUCCGCCAGAAGCUGUUGAACCUCUGCUAGCCUUCCAAGGAAUCCAGACCGGUUCCUUCUGUGCCCGCACAAGAUUAAGCCAGCAAGUCGCGUCAGCGAGGAGGGCGAUGGAGGCACAACAAAGGGACCGCUCCUGUGGUCGUCUGCACGACUUUGGUGCUGGUGCUUCGUCCAGUGCUGGGAAGCCGCUGGCUUCAGAGGGUGAGGAAAGAGAAAGCGAAGGUGGAGACAAAUCCGAAAAGGAAUCUGUUGAAGACAACGAAACGUGGUCUCCCCUGGUGGAGGACGUCGAGGACAAAUCCAAGAGCUUCACUCCUUUCACUCCCGACCCGGCCAUCCCUGAACUUCUUGGGUCUCUCAAAAUGGGCAAGCCAGCUGCUGCCAUCCUCGAAGAAAUCCGGUCCAAACGCUAUCCGACGCUGCAGUGUGUCGCCAACCGACUCCCCAAGGACGGGACUUACCGAUCCCACGUCUGGGCUGUAAUUAACAUCCUAGAGCGGCAAGAAGGUUGGGAUUACCGCGAAAAGAUCAGAGCUGUCCAAACCCUGAAGGAAGUAUACGCCAAUCUAGAUCCCUCCACUGAGUGGAGAAGGAAACUGGACAAAAAGAUGCCGUUGAACACGCCAAGCAAGAGGGAGAGGAGGAAGCGAAAGCACGGUCAUCGGAGUCAAUACGUGCAACAGGUGUCUUGUGGUAAGAGGCGAACAAAAUACAGCAAAAACAGAAGACGCAUACCAAGAAAUGUGGGUCUGGUGAAGCGCUCGACGGUGGUGGAGAUUGAGUAAUCCGAGAGCCGCUUGAAGCACUGUGGACUUGCAUUUAGCUGUACACCCUACUCACUUGGUCAAUUUUGACUGCUUUUUCAUGUCUACCUCCUCUAACAUGUUGCAAGAUAAAUACGUGAGAUAAAGUGAAGUAGACAAAUAAAGCUUGUUGUGGGAGUUGACUUUUAGUCGGCUGCCAUUUAGCCUCAACGGUGACCGAGAAUGGUCUUCAUAUCAGGAGCACACACAUGACUAAG